UAUGGGCAUGACAUCACAGCACCUGGUGGAUUCGACAAAGAGUGGCUGCAUCAUAUCAGCUUUGUCGACAGUGAUGAUCCAAAUGCCUUCAGAUUUCUCAACCCGGCGGAUGUCAUAUGGGCAGCACACCUCAUUUCAGCAUUUGCACAUGGACGCACACCAGAUUUGCUGCCACCAUCAACAUGCGCAAGACAACCUGAUGACAAUGAUUUGGAUUAUCAAUUCUACUACGUGAACAUGUUUGUUGAUAGAGAUAUGUUCAUGAGAUAUCUUGGAGGUGGUGUGGGGCACAAGGGUACGGUUGUGUGA